CUUUGAAUUCUGACCUGACAGAAGUAAUUCGAUCACAUGCCAUAAGUUUCAUAAAAUUUUAGAAAUAAUAUUUAUAUUUUGUUUAUCUAGAAAAUAUGCUAAUUAAUGUUUUAGUGCCAGUUUGUUUUGUUUUAUAUAGCUGUGAAUCAAUAUCAGGUGAGAGGACACCUGCUGAAAAUGAGGUCAAGAGGGGUCAGUACCCAUACAUGGCAUUCCUAUACUACCCGGACGACACGAUCGUGGAUACGGCCGGGAACCGGUUCAUCCAGGACGCCGUGCUGCUGAAGCCUGAUUGGCUGGUGAGCGCGGCCAUUGACCCCAUGGAGGCCAACGACGUGGCCGUGGGGUUCCCCGCCAAGACCCUGCUGGCCAGAGCUGGAGCCGUCACUAUUGAUGCCAAUAUCACCCUCAAUGAAGAUGAAAAUGAACAGGAGCGGGAGGUGAUAAGGAUAGUGCGUCCAGCCAACCACGACAUGUACAAGUACUGGCUGACGGAUGUGUCUCUGCUGAAGACUCUCGAAGCCUUCAAGGAGACGCCUGCGGUCGCGCCCGCGGCGCUCGCUACCACCUCGUACACUGACAAAGUUUGCACUAUACUUGUGUUCACGAAGCAGUCCACCAAUACGAGUACUGACAAGGUGCUGACCCAUCUGUCAGUGGAGAUGCUGUCACCAUCAGCGGCUACCUGUGGUGCGGAGUACGCGGAGAAGACCAUGACCUGCGCCUCUGACCCGGCUGACACGAGCGUGCCCGCUGACUACUGCCAUGGAAAUGAAGGCGGCCCUCUCAUCUGCGACAACUUGGUAGUAGGCCUACAGACGUACCUGAACAACCAGUGCAAGCCGCCGCACCUGUUCCAACUAUUGUCUGGUUGGAGCAGCUUCACGACUUGCGGGACUGAGGGGAAGUGCAGUGAGGAGUACUGCAGCCAGAUCUGCCGAGAGACCCUCAAGGACGAGCCUAGAGUCACCAGCCCGCUUGGCGGGAGCACACGGCUUUACAACGACUUAGAUGCCGAAGUUGACUCCAAAGACAACUCAACGGCGGCGAAUACCACUGUAGAUGCUCACGCGAGCUCGCACGACAACGAAACUGAGUCAACUGACGCCGACGCUACCACAACAGAAAACAGCACGGAUGCAGACGCCACAUCAGAAGGCGGUAGUACGGUGCAUCCUGACCACUUUGAGCACUCGCCUGGUAAUGAGACGAGCGACAUCGAGGUGAGUAACAGCACGGACCCCGCGGAGACCGAGCGACGCGUGAUGAACAAGACUGAAGUAGAACGAAGCGUCAGAUACUCCCCCCACAUUCACAGGCGACAAACCGGUAGCGCCCCCAAACAGAACCCUGUCGCCAUUUCUGCAGAGCUGGUCAUCGUAAUUGCUAAUCUAUUACUUGCAGUUUAAUCUUAUCACUGUUUGGUCAAAGACAGAGAGUUUCAUUCUCAUGUAGUCAUGUUAGAUAGACGGGAAAGAUAUGUAUUUGUACAUUGGUAUUUUGUUGCUGUAAUGGACUUGAAAUAUUGUUUACGAUAGAAUAAAUUGAUUUGAUAAGA